AGCAUUGCUCCACAUUCACCUUCACUUCACUUCUCUCUGGUUUCUCUUUCCUUAAUGUUAAGAGAGAGCCAAAACAAUAACAUAGAGAGAAACGCAUACACACUAGUACUAGUACUAGUACUACCUCUUCAAUUACAAUAAAAUGGUCGACGUGGACCGGAGGAUGACCGGUCUAAAUCCGGCUCACGUAGCCGGUCUCCGGCGGUUAUCGGCGAGAGCUGCCGCAGCACCGUCCCUACCUGUGCGUAACGGUGUCGUUUCAUUUUCUUCACUGGUGGACAAGGUCAUAACCCACCUCCGCAACUCAGGCAUACGGGUGCAACCUGGUCUCUCCGAUGCAGAGUUCGCGCGUGCUGAGGCUGAGUUCGGAUUCGUGUUCCCACCGGACCUCCGAGCCGUUCUCGCCGCCGGUUUUCCCGUCGGCCCCGGUUUCCCUGAUUGGCGCUCUGCCGGCUCUCGCCUUCACCUCCGUGCCUCGCUGGACCUUCCGAUCGCCGCGAUUUCGUUCCAGAUCGCGAGGAACGCUCUCUGGUCCAAGUCUUGGGGCCCUAGACCUUCUGAACCGGAGAAGGCACUGCGAGUUGCGAGGAAUGCGCUGAAGAGAGCUCCACUAUUGAUUCCAAUCUUCAACCAUUGCUACAUUCCAUCCAAUCCAUCUCUCGCCGGAAAUCCUGUUUUCUUCGUUGAUGAGAAUAGGAUCUUCUGCUGCGGUUUGGAUCUCUCCGAUUUCUUCGAACGCGAGUCACUGUUCCGGAGCUCCGAAUCCGAUCCUCAGGUCCUCAAGAAGCAGCGAUCCGUUAGCGAGAAAUCCGCGGGUUCCUCAACCGCUUUCUCUCGGAGGAGUCUUGACACCGGAGGCAGGACCCCGAGGUGGGUGGAGUUCUGGACCGAUGCCGCCACCGAUCGCCGGAGGAGGAACUCUUCUUCGUCGGCGUCGUCGCCGGAGAGGUUUUUUGAAAUGCCCCGGUCUGAAACCUCGGGUUGGGUGAAGGAGUACAUUGGACAAAUCGGGUCGGUUUUGAGGGCGGGUGGGUGGAACGAAUCGGAUAUAUCCGAAAUGGUGGAGGUUUCGGCUUCUGGAUUCUUCGAAGGGGAUAUGGUGUUGUUGGAUAAUCAAGCGCUGCUAGAUGCUCUGCUCUUGAAAGCGGAUAAGUUUUCGGACUCGCUCCGAAAAGCAGGGUGGAGCUCCGAAGAGGUCUCCGAAGCUUUAGGAUUCGAUUUUCGACCGGAGAAGGAACGGAAACCGGCUAAGAAGCUAUCUCCUGAACUGGUGGAAAGAAUAGAGAAACUGGCUCAGUCAGUUUCCCGGUGAUGAUUCUUGGAACUGGAUGAACACUUUUUUUAAUUUCAUUUUAUUUUUAAGAUCUCAGGGUUUACUUUUUUUUUCUCUCCCCCACUUUUGGGUUAAAAACGAUGAGGAAUUGGGGAAACAUGUUGUACUAUGAAACAAAAUGCACAAAAUAGAUCAAAAAGGUUCAAAAUUUACAUGUUUAUGAUCAUCCUAUCUUUAUAUAUAUAAAUGAUAAGUUCAUAAUAAAUGAUCAACGGUUAAGUAAAUACUGCUGUGUACAGCAAAAUGAAUUUCCUGAACAAGUUCUU